CAGGAGAGGUCUGAGACUGAAACUGAUCAAGCCAUCCCUCAGAAUGCUGUGGAAAUCCAUUUGGAUCCUGCUUCUCACUUCGUAUUUUGUUAUUUUCACAGACACAGUCCAGUCAAUAUAUGUGGUAACAAAUACACCAAAUGUGGUCGUGAAUGUUGGCAACAAUGCCACACUUGACUGCUCCUAUAGGACGCAAGUUGAAUCCGCAUUUUCCCUUGAAUGGUGCUUUACACCUGGCCCAAAAGGAGAUGGAAAUGCACAGAAGAUUCUUUAUUAUACUGAUGGGAAAACGUACAGACUUGGGCCUCAAGCUAAUCGAAUCAAACUGGUUGACCCGAAUCCAACCAAUGGAAUAGCGUCCAUUAGAAUUGAAAACACUAGGCCAUCAGAUACGGGCACGUAUUCAUGUGAUAUAAACAAUCCUCCGGAUUUUACUGGAACCAGUGAGGCAUUUGUCAAUUUAAUCGUCCAAGUCGCACCAUCCAUUCCUGAAUGUAAAGUGAUUGGGAAACCGUACAUAGGAAACAAUGUGACAUUGCUGUGCAGAUCAUCAAUAGGCCAGCCAAGUCCUAAGUAUACAUGGUCAGACGUCAACCCUGGUACUGAGAAAUCAUCAUCGAGAGUCACGUUAAAAGAUUCUAAUAAAGGCAACCUGUUUCUGAGAAACCUGACAAUGGAGCACUCAGGAACCUACAAGUGUGUGGCAUCCAACAUCCUUGGGGAACGAUCAUGUCAACUGGUUCUCACAGUCACAGUGAGCAAUGAAGCUGGAGUGAUUGUUGGAGCUGUGGUUGCUACCCUUGUUGCUCUGAUUCUGAUUGCUGUUGUUGCAUACUACUUACUUCACCACAAGAAGAAGAAUCCCAAAAUUCCUGUUAUUGGACAUGAAUUGAGAGAGGAUGCAGUGGCACCUGGUAAAGAAGCGACCUGCAAUCUAAUGGCACCAUCUGUACACAGCAGCGGGAACAACUCAAACAGCAUGAACUCAAAAUACAAUAUUGUUGUCUGAGUCAAAUUGCAAGCAUUGCACUCCACAAAUUUCAGGAUUGAAGAAGUUGGAGUUUCUUUAUAAAAAAUCUUAUUGUCCUUUUUGUUUUGCUUUGUGCUACCAAUCCACCUUACAACAAGUUGUAAUGAUGUGGAGAUGCCAAUGUUAGGCUGGGGUGGACAAAGUCAAAAAUCACAUGAGACCAGGUUAUAGACCAACAGGUUUAUUUGA